GUUCACAUAGCAGCUAUGACUGCUGUGGUGGAGCAGGGGGAGGCGAAUGAUGGGGCCAGGCCAAUGUCCUCCAUCACACAUUUGAACUGAAGAAAGCCGCCCCCCUCUCUCCACGCUUUCCUGAAGUGUCAUGUGUGGUCCUGCCUGGUCCCUACCCCAACUUCUCACUACUGUUCCACCCUCCCCUCCCUUGUCUCCAUGAUAGGAUUUAAAAAGGGAGAUGGAGGAAAGGACAAAGAAGGCCAGGCCCUGGUUAUAAGAUGGAGGAAGACAGACUGGUUACAGUUUCUUUCUGCCCACGUGACCCUGGUGGUGACCCUGCCCGCCCUGCUGGUCAACACUGUUGGCUGUGUGCACCCAUGGGCUGAUGCAGGUUGAGGGAAGGUGGCCAGAAGGGCCUUGCAGAGGAAGCCCUGCCCAGACUCUGCCAGCAGAGGGAUCCACUUCCUUCAGACAGCCUCAUUCUCACCUAGCAAGAGGUUUGGACACAGGGUCACACAUCUGUCACUUCUAGAUGUGACCACAAGGGGGUGGCACUGUCAUGUGCUCAGCCCUGAGUGUCAGAGAUGAACCCUUAAGGCUAGGUUUCAAGAGAAUAAGGCAGAAGGCAGGCAGAGCUGUAGGAUGUUGCCUGGAGGCCAAAGCAAGGUCCCAGGUGCGCCUUAGCAACCGGCCGCCAAGGGGGUGGGAGGAGCGCCAGCUGCUGUUGUGUGUCAACGUGGAUGAAACGUGCAUUCCUCCCCAGCUAGCACAAGGUUUACCCGGGUCCUCUGGGGCUACUUGACUGGACUAAGUGUCUUGUGACUCUCUGAGCUGCUCAGGCAUUCCGGGCAGUUUCUCAGCUUUUGACAUGUCAGUUUCAAGAGAAAUGUAUCAAAAAUAUUUGCUAGUUUUCAAUUUUCUGUCUUGUGUCUAAAGAGUCUGUAGAAAUCAGGGACAGUGGUCCUCCUGUGUGGGGACAUUGAUUCUUUCUCCUAGGUGCCUUGGAUACAGGCUUGGCCACAGUCCUGAGGGUGUAAUGUGCCCAAACCCAGGAUUCUAUCACCUCACAUCUCCAUCCACCCAACCAUGUUUCUAGAAGACGCAUGCUACAGCGCUGCGCUGUAUUUACCGCACAUAUGGGCAGAACCGGAAUCCAGUCCAUUCUUUUCUUUUUUUGAGACAGGGUCUCACUAUGUGACCUUGGCUGGCCUGGAGCUUGCUUUGUAAAGCAGGUUGGUCACCUGUCUCUGCCUCUGAGUGCUGGGAUUAAAGGUGUGCACCACCAUGCCUGACCCAGAAUCAGUUUCCUUGACAAAUAAAGUGCUUUGAGGGGGAGUCAUGGAGGGUGACUGGGUAGGCCACUCUGACAGGGAACUUGGGUAGGCCAUUCUGAGAGUAUGCUAUCUGUCUCUCUGUCCCCUCGUUUGAUCAAAGGUUUAUAAAUCUGUUGAGGAAAUGAGGUGGUUCAGUGAUGGUGAGCUGAGUCCCACUCAUGAGAGUCACAAAUGGUGAAUAAAUGGUGUGAAAACCGAGUGUUUUAGCUGAAGAACCAGGGAGCUGGUUCUGUCCCUGACUUGUGUUUACCUCAUGACAUGUCUUGGUAGAAACUCCUUGAAAUUCAUGUUCAUUUUUCAGAUAUGGAUAACACUAUGUUCCCCACCCACACAGGCCUAUUACAGGGUUCAAAGGAAGUCUGGGGCCCAAGGGUUCUUAGUCCAGUUUUGGGGAUGGGUGUGCAGAAAAACACUGGCUAUCCAUGUAGGACUGACAGGUGGAAAUGUGAGAAAUGUGGCUGGUUGUGGGCAGGGUUGGCCAACACUGUUUUGUUUUUGCUUUUGUUUUGUUUUCAGACAGGAUCUCAGUCUUAGUUUAGGGUGGCCUUGAACUCACAGAGAUCCUCCUACCUCAACUUCCCAAGUUGAGAUUACAGGAGUGACCAUACCUAGGUAUGGUCAGGGUUGGGAACCAUGGUACUUGGCUUUGGCAGAGGGGAGCUGAACAGUGGAGGAGAACUGUGUCUACCUGGAAGGUCAGAGACUGGCUCCUUCAGUACCCCGAAGAACAAAACAGAGCAGGAAGGGGAGGCCGCACAGUUAGAGAAGGCUGUUAGGCAGGCAGGCGAGCCUGGAAAGUAAGAAGUGAUCUCUGAGAGAAGAAGGCAGAAGCCUAGAGAUACUGGAGCUAAGUGAAUUUGUUAGGGGGUGAGGAAGAAGUAGCCCCAAACAGCCUGUGGUCCAAUGUCCCUGCUCAGCACAUUGUCCAGAAGUGGGGCUGGAGCCCUUCAUGUCCUGUUCAGUCCCUGGUUCCAAGUGACCAGCAUAUGCUGUCCUAGCAAAGAGGAUGAGUAUGAUCAUUUUCUCCUGCAGCUGCACCAUCUUCUUCCCUCUUUCCCUUCCUCUCUCCCUCCACCCAUCCACCCACCCAUCCAAUCCAGGCCAUGUAUUAAAUGCUGAGACAGCAGCAGAGACUCAUGUGAUGAGAUGUGAUGAGAUUCCUGCUCAUCAGCUGUUCAUGAUCUGGGAAAGGAGCCUGUGAGCGUGGGACCCAGAGGCACAGGUUCAGAUCCCUGCUCCUGUACUUACUGUGUAUGGACACAGGGUGAAUUGUUUCACUUUUAUUCACCCCAGCAACCUCCUCAGGAAAAGUCUUUCAUAUCCACAAUGCAAGGCUCCUAAGGGAGGCAACACAUGGUAUACCCAGCCUGAGCUAGGAGCUCAGAAAAUGGGCUCCAUCCCGGGUCCCUAUGAGCAUACAUGGGGUCAGAAAAUGAUUAAUGCCAACGGGUCUUCCUGCAGCGAGGUUGUAUAUCCAUUUCAUCUCAGCUCUGGACAGCACUUUGCAGGUGUUUGCAAAGACAUGAUCUUUGGCUUCUUGAGUUUCGAUUGCUCUGAAAAACAGGAGGGGGUUGGUGACUGUGGACACUGGGAUGAGCUUGGUUAAGGGGAACCAACAUUAAGAUAGGGAGACAAAGGUCUGAGGUAGCCAGGUAAAGAUGGGGAAGGAUUAGGUAGAAUCAGACUCUACUCACUGGGCAGAAUGGGGAGAGACUGGGGCCCACAAAGCUGGCUACUUUGUUUUUCACAGACUCUGGUGUCUCCUGCGCAUGAAGCAUGAGGGGGUCACGACGGUGGCCCCAACGUGCAGGGACAGAGCAGACCCAGCAGGGCAGGCUGCGGCGUGCCAGCUGAGCAUGGCGUGAGGUCCUCAGUGUCCAGCCUGGAAGUUGGUGGCUCCCAUCCCACUGCUCUGGUAAGAGGGCCUGUACCCAGCCUAAGAAGGAGCCAGUAUUGGGGUGGAGGUGAGAGUAAGGGUAAGGGGCUGAGAGCAGGACGAGAGAGGUCAGGGAGGUAAGGCUGCCCAAGGCAGCAGUUCAGCAAGGCUCUGGGGGUCUUGUCCUGGACAGUGCCUACUGGGAAGACACUAGUUAGGAGAGAGGGAGCUGGAGGGGACAGAGAGACAGGGUUAGAAAGCUUGACUUCCAGAGGGUAGAUGUGUAAUCCUCGUUUAUAGACUUUUCAAUCUCUCUUGUGGCUUGUGGUAUUUUUCUGUCCUCUCUCUCUCUCUCUCUCUCUCUCUCUCUCUCUCUCUCUCUGUUUCUCUUUCUCUGUCCUCUCUCUGUCUCUGUCUCUUUCUAUCUCUCUGUUUCUCUCUGUGUGUCUGUCUCUCUGUCAGUCUGUCUCUCUGUAUCUGUCUGUCUGUCUGUCUCUCUCUCUGUCUCAGGACCACUGGGUGGGGCUGUGGCAGGGUGGAGCAGGAGAGCUGAAGGUGAAAAUUCCUCUUCCAGGUCUGGAGACACUUACUCACUCGGGAGCAGGAGCUGAGCUGAGAGAGCAGGGUCUCCCUAUCCAGUAUGGACAGAAAAGUUGCCGUCCAUGAAGAUGGGUAUCCUGUGGUCUCUUGGGUCCCUGAGGAGGGAGAGAUGAUGGACCAGAAAGGCGAGGACCAGAUGAAGGAUCGCGGCCAAUGGACCAACAAGAUGGAGUUUGUGCUGUCAGUGGCUGGGGAGAUCAUUGGGCUAGGCAAUGUCUGGAGGUUUCCUUAUCUCUGCUACAAGAACGGAGGCGGAGCGUUCUUCGUGCCCUACUUCAUCUUCUUCUUCAGCUGUGGCAUCCCAGUCUUCUUCCUGGAGGUGGCCCUGGGCCAGUACAGCAGCCAGGGGAGCGUUACUGCUUGGAGGAAGAUCUGUCCCCUCCUCCAAGGCAUUGGCAUGGCAUCGGUGGUCAUUGAGUCUUACUUGAACAUCUACUACAUCAUCAUCCUCGCCUGGGCUCUCUUCUACCUGUUCAGCUCCUUCACCUCGGAGCUGCCCUGGACAACCUGCAGCAACUCCUGGAACACAGAGCAUUGUGUGGACUUCCUGAACCACUCAGCAGCCACAGGAGUGAACCACUCUGAGAACGUCACCUCGCCUGUAAUGGAAUUCUGGGAGAGACGGGUUCUGGGUAUUACAUCGGGCAUCCAUGACCUGGGGUCCCUGCGCUGGGAGCUGGCCUUGUGUCUUUUGCUCGCCUGGAUCAUCUGCUACUUCUGCAUCUGGAAGGGGGUCAAGUCCACGGGCAAGGUUGUCUAUUUCACAGCCACUUUCCCCUACCUGAUGUUGAUUAUUCUCCUCAUCCGGGGUGUCACCCUUCCUGGAGCCUACCAGGGCAUCGUCUUCUACCUGAAGCCAGACUUGCUGCGCCUCAAGGACCCCCAGGUGUGGAUGGAUGCGGGCACCCAGAUCUUCUUCUCCUUUGCCAUCUGCCAGGGGUGCCUGACGGCCCUGGGCAGCUACAACCAGUACCACAACAACUGCUACAGGGACUCCAUAGCCCUCUGCUUCCUGAACAGUGCUACCAGCUUCGUGGCUGGGUUUGUCGUCUUCUCCAUCCUGGGCUUCAUGUCUCAAGAGCAGGGAAUACCCAUUUCUGAAGUGGCUGAGUCAGGUCCUGGUCUGGCCUUCAUUGCCUUCCCCAAAGCUGUGACGAUGAUGCCUUUGUCCCAGUUAUGGUCCUGCCUUUUCUUCAUCAUGCUCCUGUUUCUAGGGCUGGACAGCCAGUUUGUCUGUAUGGAGUGCUUGGUGACCGCCUCCAUGGACAUGUUCCCCCAGCAGCUCCGGAAGGGCGGCCGGCGUGAGCUGCUGAUCCUGGGUGUUGCAAUCGUGUGCUACUUGAUGGGGCUCCUUCUGGUCACUGAGGGCGGGAUGUACAUCUUCCAGCUCUUUGACUACUACGCCUCCAGUGGCAUAUGCCUGCUCUUCCUGUCCUUGUUUGAGGUGGUCUGCAUUGGCUGGGUAUAUGGGGCAGACCGUUUCUAUGACAACGUUGAGGACAUGAUUGGCUACCGGCCCUGGCCCUUGGUGAAGAUCUCCUGGCUCUUCCUGACCCCUGGUCUUUGCCUGGCCACAUUCAUCUUCUCCUUGAGCAAGUACACACCUCUCAAAUACAACAAUGUCUACGUGUACCCUUCUUGGGGAUACUCCAUUGGAUGGCUCUUGGCUUUCUCCUCCAUGGCCUGUGUGCCACUCUACAUCAUCAUCACCCUUCUGCAGACCCAGGGUUCCCUCAAGAAGCGCCUUCAAAGACUCAUCACACCGGACCCCAGUCUGCCCCAGCCAGGGCGGCGUCCACCUCAGGAUGGCACUUCUGCUCAGAACUGUUCGCCCUCGCCAGCUAAGCAAGAACUCAUUGCCUGGGAGAAGGAGACACAUUUGUAGGAUGUGCCAGAGGCCAGGUGGCUCCAGAGCCAGGGACCUGGUCAAGGCUACCUCCUCCCAGGGAUAACCUCUGCCUCCAGCUUGUUGAGACCUUGGAGGUCUCUGGACACCCCCUGCCAGGAGCCACUCUUCUGUUCAGUUGGAACAGCUUGUCAGCAUCUUGUCACUUCUCAGUCCUUCCCACCCGUGCUCCAGGAAGCUGUGUUUGCCAUGCACUUUGAACUUAAAACCCUGACUUUUUGGAUUAAAAACUGAGAACUGGACAAAGUGACGUUUUCAAGUUCACACAGCUUGUCAGAGCCUGAGACCCUCCACUACUCCUGUGCUGGGGCUUGUGAGCCUCCAGACUCACCCCUGCCUCAGCUAACAAGCCUGUCUGGAUCACCUGC